AUGCCUCUCGAAGCAGCACCCGUCGAGUUGGAAUUGUCGGCGACCUCGGGCUCCAAUCAGCUGGUCCAAAUUCUCUGGGGCCUUCUCCCACCAGAUGAGAGACUUUUCAACGGCGACCCGGCCGACAAACUGUGUCAUUCUGCCUAUCUCGAGUAUUACGAGCGCCAAUGGGGACUCGCAGCAGCCCAUUGCGAUGGGAAGUUUGUUGCUUUAAAGACGCCAGAGUCUGUCAACCACCUCGUUCGGGACCUGCAAAAUGACAAGCCCCGCGCCGAGCUCUUGGCACAAAUUCGAGACCUGAGUGGGACGGAAGCUCUGGAGGAGGCCUGCGAAAACUCUCUCAACCUAGCCGUCAGGCUCCUGCUCAUGCUGAGGAUCGGGGAUGUCAAGUACCAGUUUCUUCGCCGCCCGUGCCUGGAGUGGAAUGAGGCUUCGCUGCGAGACUUUGUACAUGGGCGAUUUGUCGAGGAGGCUUCUAUGAGCCCCGACGGCGUCAAGCUGCCGAAAUCAUUUAAUGCGUGGAGCUUGGAAGCCAUCGGCGGCAUCGAGAUCAGCUUCACCGACAACUUGGCCGAUCACUUACUCCUCAUUGAAGACGACACUUCAAAGGUGCUCAUUUUUCCCUAUGCGUCAUUUCUUGACUGCCAAAGACUCAAAGAUUCAGCCUCACUCUUCCCGCCGACAUUUGCCGAAGAGACGCUGCGAACUCUCGCCUUACUCUUUCCUCAGCCUCUGGUCAACGGCUCAGGUGGCGUGAGUGUGUCAAGGCAAUCUUGGUUCCACCAGCUCUGCGAAAAGCGAAGCACUCGCAAGAUCGAUAAGCGGCUCGGUCGCUGUGGCAGCUUGUACGCAGAAGACCGCCAGAUUCAGAACUUUACGUACUGGCGAGACCGCCUCGUUGUGCUGAAGCAAGCCUAUGAUGAAGCAACGCCCAAGACUCUAUCCCAGUUCUGGCACGAUAGGCGAAAUGGUGUGCAAUGGUUUACUUUUUGGGUUGCCAUUUUGGUACUGCUCAUCACAGUUAUUUUCGCGGUGGUGCAGUGUAUCCAAGGCGGUUUUCAAGCUUGGAAGACUUGA